AUGCCUCUAACCCCAACAGUCUUUAUGACUCACCGGACCACAUGGGCCACUGCCAUGUGGUCAACCGACACCUGGGCACCUAAGCCCCAAAAUAAUGACAAUUUUGAGUUUGUUCAUGUUGAAGCUGCUGGGAGAAAAUCUGAAGGUUCAAAUGGGUUGUGUCAAGAGGAAUCAUGGUUCGAUUCUUUCAGCAUUCUAGAGGAGUCUGAUUCUGAUGAUGAGUACAGUAGUGUUCAUGGAGAUUGUUUUCCAAUAUCAGUGCGCAAUUCUUCCGCGUGUAAUGCAAAUGCAAACCAAAUGCUUCAGUAUGAGAAUGCUUCACGCUUUGUGGAUUCCAUUACCAUGUGCAAGUUUGAGGAUUUUUGUGGAGAAGGGUUUACGAGAAGGAAACAGGUUCUAGAAUCAUACCGUAGCUUUAAACAUUUGAAAGAUGAAAAGUCUCAAGAGAAAAACUUAAAUGUGAUCACUAGUUAUUUAGCUCUGUCCAUCAGCUUCAAUGAUAAAAUGUUUACGAUCCAUCCAAUGCAGAAUAUUACCACUGCAUCCUGUCAAGUGACAAAGUCUGCAGUUGUUAGGCUCUCAUACAAGAGGAGGUCAUGUGAGAUGGAAGGUGGUGAUCAUUUCUGUACUGCUACGAGAUACUUAUUCCACCUAAAAGGAGGACUAACAAUCCCAUGUUGCCCUGUCGAGGAACUGACACCAGGAUGUUGGUCAACCCUUGACCCCUCUGCAUUUAAGCUUCGUGGAGAAAGCUAUUUCAGGCAUCAACUCCACUCAAAAUUCUUUCAGGUACCUACAUAUCCUGAUGUAAUGUUUUUGGGCGAAAGUGAUGGAGAGGGAAUGAGCCUUGUAUUGUAUUUUAAAGUAUCUGAAUCUUAUGAUAAGGAAAUUUCUUCUACUUUCCAGGACUAUGAUGAAAUAGAAACGAUCAGAGGAUACACGAUGGACUGCGUUGUUCCUUUCAGGGAAAGGUUGAAGAUUAUGACUAGUUUAGUUAAUCCAGAGGAACUCGAUUUGAAUUCUGCUGAAAAAAGCUCAUUCAAUCUACAAUGA